AGCUAAGCGAUCUUUUCGCACAGAGACUGAAUGGGCGUCUAGGAAUUGUUAUACCGCCAUAUGCUGCCUCAGCACGAUUUGACUUGGGCCGCGCGACUUGCCUCGAAGGGACACGUACAGACAUCUUGGAUAGAAUCCACACUUGGGCAACUAAUCGGCAUGUACCCGAUGACGCCGCGAACCUUACUGUCCUACCCGCUGACCAUCAGCCCGACAUCCUCUGGUUGAACGGCCUGCCUGGCUCCGGCAAGACGGCGAUCGCACGGACCGUCGCUUCGCGAUGUCACGUAGAAGGCAUUCUAGGAGCGAGCUUUUUCUGCUCACGGUUCGAUGCCGACUGCAGUAACCCCUCAUUGAUCUUCACGACCAUCGCAUACCACCUCGGAUUGUUCUUUCCGCCUUUUAGGGACCAAGUCUCGGAAAUACUGAAGAAGGAUCCCCUGCUGGCGUAUUCUGCCAUCACUCGCCAGCUCGAGGAGCUGAUUAUCCGGCCGCUGGCACACCUCCGUAACGACGGCUCGCCCAUUCCACCAUGCGUUGUGGUGAUCGAUGCACUGGACGAGUGUCGAGACCUGAACACUACGUCUGCGAUCUUGUCUGGUCUGCUGAAGCAUGCAAACGAACUCUAUCCCCUCCGGUUCUUUAUCACCAGCCGUCCUGAGUACCAUCUUGUCGCCAGCUUCGAUGCCCCCACCUAUCGCAACGCCACUAGUCGGCUAUUGCUUCAUGAGGUUGGAUUAGAGGUUGCCGCCCCGGACAUCAAGCUGUACUUUACCGCGUCUCUAUCAGAUAUUAGAGUGCGCUUCGGGCUGCCAAGGUCUUGGCCCGAUGAGGCGGACGUUGAGAUCCUGGUCCGGAUGGCGAACGGCUUGUUCGUCUUUGCCACUACUGUCAUCGAGUUCAUUGAAGACCCGGCAUAUAAUGAUCCUGCUGGGCAGCUCAAGAGACUCGCGUCCACCGCGGUAUCAGCUGGCUCCCACAGGCUGCUCGAUACACUAUACCUGCAGGUGCUUGAGACCGCCUUCCCUGAAAUAUCGGAUGACCUGUCGGUCCGGCUCAAGUCCGUCCUAGGUUCCAUUGUCAUCAUCCAAGAUCACCUUCCUGUUGCUGGCCUCUCGUGUUUAGUCGGGCUCACUGCUGGCGCAGUAUACGACUCCCUCAUCGGUCUCCACUCUGUCCUCGUCGUACCAGAGUCUGAGACGUCUACGUCAGCUAUCCGCAUAAUUCACCCGUCCUUCGCCGAUUUCUUGGUCGAUUCAGACCGCUGCACGAAUGGAUCAUUUGCCAUUAAUUCGCGGCAACAGCACACGGACCUACUUCGCGGGUGUCUUAAUACCCUGCGAGAGUUGAAGCGAGACAUCUGCAAUGUUCGGGACCCCUCCCUGCUCAACACCGAAAUUCCGAACCUGCUCGAUCAAAUAGAGAAGGCGAUCCCGGCGCACCUGCGGUACGCCUGUCGGCACUGGUACACUCAUCUGAUGAACGGAGAGCUCUUGGACGAAAUUUUGGACGCACUUCUGGAGUUUGUGCAGAAGCAAUUGCCGUACUGGGUCGAAGCCUGCAGCGUGCUCGGAGUGCUAAGGGAAGCUAUCUCGGGCUUAAGCGAGUCUCGGCGCAAGCUUACGGUGAGUGCAGUUUACUC